UCACAUACUGAGAAAAAACCCUGGACCAUUACUGAAGAAAGCUCUGAUUUAAAAAAUGGUCUCAAAUAACAGUGUAGAGUGAUUAUAUUGGGAAAACCUUUUUGAAGCUGAAGUUUUUGCUUAGAAUGUUUAAUGCAAUUUAAUGGGACAACAGUUCGGGCUGUUGAUAUUCUCUCUGAUUCAAACAGGAGAGACUAAUCUGACAUUUUCAAGGAUGCCAAUAAUGCCGCUUCCCCAAAGUUGACACCUGACAUCUUGUCUUACAAUGAGCGAGGAUGGAUAGCUCAACCACCCCCACAGCAGAGUCUGCUGUUUGCAAUGGAUUUGUCAACAGUGUGUUCAAUAUUUCGCUAGACGAGGAAAGUAAAAUGGGGAUUUCAUGGAUUCCAGAGUCCAUUUCCUCAGACCCCACAAUUCCCUGUCAGACACUCAGAAGAGAGAAGCCAGAAGCCAACCAGCGGUCAAGGACACCAGGCAUUUGGAAGGUCCUUAACCGACGCAAGACCGCUUCUGACCUAGAACGCCGACCUCACUCGAUGAUCCUCCCAGGUGAAAUGUCCUUUCUCAAACUGUCCAUCACAAACAAAGUGAGAUCCUUCAAGAAAUUAAAGUCUCCAUCUGUCUUUAGAGGGAAAGCUGGCAAGCUCUCCAGUGCUAAAUUCAACAGCGAUCUGAAAGAUGAUGUUGAUGACAUAAAUAUGUGCAAGGACUCUCCCUCUUCAGAGCACAAGAACAUUUCCAGGAAUAAACCCAAGAGACAUUCAUUUGCAGGACACACCACAAACUUCUACUGUUCGUUUGAGCACACAGACCCAUCUGGAACUCCAGAGAGUGAGCAACAGGCACUUCAGGACACCUUUAGUAACCAAAAUGGGUGCAAGUUUUCCGAAAGAGUGACUUACACAAAAAAAUCUCCCUCCAACUUGUCAAACUGCAACAUUUCAUCUGUAAGUGACAAUGAAGAACAUUAUGUGAAGCAAAGCCUCAAGAUACCUCAAAGAAGACGAUGGUCAAAGGGGGGCGAUGUUUUAACUUACUUGAGAAGAAUUUCUCUUAAAGGAAGGGGAAGUUCACCUUUGGCCGAGAGCAGUUUUGAGUCAAUGAAUACUCUGGACAGAACCAUUGACUCUGACUACGGCUCGGUCAACUUUGAAUUCGUCAAAGAUUUGAACUCUGCACCUGAGCAUGCAGGGCUUGAUGGGAAAAGCAGCCAUUUUAGAGGCCUUUUUCGAUUUUUUAACAGUGUGGCUGAGACCGCGAUGAGAUGGAGAAAAUCUUCUCGAUCUUUCUCCCCCCCUGAAGGACAGAGAUCUCCUCAGGACUUGCAGAAGAUUCAACCAUCAGGAGAACUCAUCCACAAUACUCCUUUGACAUUAAGGAGUGAGCAUAAAGCAGAUACCUCAGAUCAGGGUAAAUCUAUGUUAUCCACUGACACCAUUUCCAAGGUGGUUUCACCUGCCAAUCCCAUGGCGGGUCGCUCUCCUGCUGUGGUGCUGAAGGCCUGGAGAACAUGUCCAGACACUGCAAGAGAUUACAGUUCCUUGUGUAAUGACUCUGGUGGAUCUCAAUUGCAGCUCAACUCGAUUCACAUCUCUCUCGCCACCAUUGAAAACCACUCAAGAUGUAAAGAAGCAGAAAACAGCCCCUGCUCAGAGCCACUGGACCAGAGAAAUUCUGAAACUUUUGAAUACUCACACUUAUCUAGCACAACAGUUGAUGAAAAUCAAGAUAUUUGCACUGAUAAGAGGAAAAUACCCAACUGUCCAGAGAACUUAUUUAAGGCCUGCUCUCGUCCUGUUGGCCAAUCGCCUGCAGAUCCUCCAUUUAAAGUUUUGCUUCAGCGGUGUCGCUCGCUGCCUCUGCCCACCACGCUCUCAGCUCUAGAGCAACUGGACCUGAUGCAUUUGCUCACUCUACCAGCAAAGUCAAAGAGUGCUCUCCGCAUGAGGAACGGCAGCACAGGAUCCAACCGCCUGAAGCUGUUCAGACCAGGAUCAGGGCCACUGCAUAUCAACAUGUUGAUCAGUGGGGGUUCGGUGGUCAGCGCAGAGGCAGUAUGGGAUCAUGUGACAAUGGCCGAGAGGGAGCUGGCGUUCAAGGCCGGAGACCUCAUCAAAGUCCUGGAUGCCUCCAACAAAGACUGGUGGUGGGGCCAAAUCGAUGAGGAGGAGGGCUGGUUUCCCGCCAGCUUUGUGAGGGUUGAUCCCUACCUUCUUCAGUGUUACACAAAACCAGUUUUCUAUAUCAACCCUAUAGCAACUCCAAGGUUCCAUAACACAACGGCAAAGCUGUGGGUUAACCAGGAAAACGGAGCCAGAGAAACAGUGGAGGUUACCAAUGAGUUACAGAAUGAACACAUUGACCCAGGCAACGGUUGUCUUUGUAUCGGCCAACCACUUCAGAACCGAGAUCAGAUGAGAACUAACGUCAUCAAUGAGAUCAUGAGCACUGAACGUCACUACAUCAAACACCUGAAGGAUAUAUGUGAGGGAUAUUUGAGGCAAUGCAGAAAGAGGAUUGACAUGUUCAAUGAUGACCAACUAAAAGUGAUCUUCGGGAACAUUGAGGAUAUCUACAGAUUUCAAAUGGGAUUUGUGCGAGACUUGGAGAAACAGUACAACAUUGAGGAACCCCAUCUCAGUGAAAUAGGACCAUGCUUCCUGGAACAUCAAGAUGGCUUCUGGAUAUACUCAGAGUACUGCAACAACCAUCUGGAUGCCUGCAUGGAACUCUCAAAGCUGAUGAAGGAUGGCCGCUAUCAGCACUUCUUCGAGGCCUGUCGGCUCCUCCAGCAGAUGAUUGACAUCGCUAUUGAUGGCUUCCUGCUUACUCCUGUGCAGAAGAUUUGCAAGUAUCCACUCCAGCUGGCAGAGCUGCUGAAAUACACAGCGCAGGAACAUAGUGAUUAUCGUUAUGUGGCAGCAGCACUGGCUGUCAUGCGAAAUGUUACCCAACAAAUCAAUGAACGCAAAAGAAGACUGGAGAACAUUAACAAGAUCGUCCAGUGGCAGGCCUCGGUGCUGGAUUGGGAGGGUGAUGAUAUUCUGGACAGAAGUUCAGAGUUGAUCUACACUGGUGAGAUGUUGUGGAUCUAUCAGCCGUACGGCAGGAGCCAGCAACGAGUCUUCUUCCUAUUUGAUCAUCAGCUUGUUUUGUGCAAAAAGGACCUGAUACGACGGGACAUACUUUACUACAAAGGCCGUAUUGACAUGGACAGGUAUGAUGUGAGAGAUGCUAUCGACGGGCGAGAUGACGACUUUAACGUCAGUGUGAAGAAUGCAUUUAAGUUGCACAACAUAGACACAGAUGAGAUUCACAUCUUUCUUGCCAAGAAACUGGAGGAAAAGAUACACUGGCUAAGAUCUUUUCACGAGGAACGCAAGAUGGUGCAGGAGGAUGAAAAAAUUGGUUUUGAAAUUUCUGAAUAUCAGAAACGACAAGCUGCCUUGACCGUACGUAAAGUGACCAAACAGAAAGGUGUGAGUCAGAGCAGGUGUGCAUCUCCAUCUUACCCAUCAUCGCCGCAUGACCCCUUGAUUCAUGGACGCCACAUGCUCUCUGAUGAAAUGCCACAGUCAGAUGUUGAAUUCCAGCUUGCCAAAUCAGGACAGUCUCCAUUCUGGCACAACUUUAAUAAGAUAACAUCAUUAAAAAAUGGCAAAAAGUAGUUCACUUUGUGUCUAAAUACUUCUAGCACUGGAAUGACUGAAUUUAUCGACAGGAAAAACAAUAAAAAGCCCUUCAAGCAGAAUUGACAGACUAACUGACAAUCAUGAUUCAGGUCCAUAUUUGUACUGUAUAAUUUGCCGUUACUGUAUAUUGACUUUUAUUUUGCCUUGUGGAAUCUGAAGGCAAUAUUCAGCAGAACUGGCCAACAAAAGGUGCUCGAUGCCCUGCUGUGAAAAUGGAUCUCAAGUGUUCUGUAAAGGUCUGUAUGAUCAAAGAAUAUUAAUUCAUACUGUUGUGUCUACAGGCUGAUCGUGAAGAGCAUUUGCUUGAGGAGAUUCACGUGUUACUUCAAAAGUGUGCCAUACACCGCAUUAUAAAAGCAAGACAACAAUUGUGAGCUAUACACACUUUUAACUUCCGAAUCUUCCAAACAGUGUAUGGCUUUCUAGUGAAAGUCAAUUGGGGGAAACAAAGUUUGCUAAUAUGCUUAUUUUUGCUUAUUAGUCUUAGUUAAGAUUAACAUGCUUUAGAUAACAUUCCAGCAUUGUAGACCUGUUACAAUUUAGUAUCAUGUUCUACUCAAAGUUUGACAUUGCCUGAACUAAUUUCAUAUAGUGAAUAUAGAUGUGUUUGUAUGACUGUUAAAGUAUUUUUUUGAAUUUCCCUCCAAAGGGGUUUAUUUUCAACUGUAUUAUUUUAUUCAUCUGUAAUAAGCACAGUGAAACCAUUCAUAUGAUUUGUAUAUAAGUUUCCUUUUUAUAAUGUAUAAAAUCUACUCUAAAUACUAUUUAUUAUUGUAGGUAAUAGCAAAUAUUGAGCAAAAUGCAGGGUUAUGGUUAGGUUAGGUACAGUAUUUUGCAGAAGUCUGAGAUCACCCAAGAACAAAUAUUUCUAAACUAUUUGUCUAAUCAAUUUUAUAAGAACAUCCAAAUACAAGUCAACAUUAAGACAAUAAAAGGUCAUAUAAUUAUUUAUUUUUUUAAAUGUCUCGGUAUUUUAUAAGAUGUUAUGGUUUCUUCGGCAAAUGUCAGUGCUGUAACCACUAUCACAUGGCCUAAGACUUUUGCAGACAUUGCAUUAAUCAUGUAAUAAUGGACCCUGAAGAACAGCUGUUGAUGGACUCGUAGAUAGAAAUGACAGUAAAUAAAUGAGAAAAACAGGACAACAAAAUCAACAGAAAACUAAUAACUGUGAACAUUCAAAUCAGCCAUCUGGUAUUUCCAAUGAGACUGAAGGGAAGAUGCCUUAUUGCAGAAGUCAUAUCCUGCAUCCCAAAUCAAGUACUGUCAGAUUAUGUACUAUAUUUGAUGAAGAAUGUAUUUCUCGGCCGGUAAAACAGCAGGUUUUUUAGGUAUGAAUAGGUUUCAGACACACAUCAUCUGGGGACAUGGUCAUUGACCCAUGACCUGAAUAUAUGACGUGAUCACAAUACCCACAAAAAUAAACUACUCUGGUUUUGUUAAACAAGCACCAUUUAAGCACAAGGAACAACUUUCUCAGUAUACAAAGCACUUGCAGUUUAAAAGAGCUUGUGGUUCAUUUUCGACAUGAUGUCUACCCAGCUCCUGAGGGAUUAUGGUUUCGCAAAGUGUCCAAUCGAUCCACACUUCAGAAUCUCACCAGAAAUAGUCAGUCAUCUGGGUAUUUCUCACUUACUGCUUCAUGAAUACUGUGGAUUUGGACAUACUACUCCAUUGGCAUACUGUUUUUGGCAUACAAUAUAUAGUAGUAUGUCUGUGAAUGGAGCUAUCCAGGGCAUUUCAAAGAUGUACAGCAAUGGCCAAAAGUAUUGGCAGUGACAUACAUUUUUUGUUUUGCAAAGUUUGCUGCUUCAGUAUUUUUAGAUAAUUUUUUCACAUGUUUCUAUGGUAUACUGGAAAACAAUGAUAAGCAUUUCAUGAAUUUUAAAGGCUUCUAUUGGCAAAAACAUUAAAUAUAUGUAAAGAAUCAAUAUUUACAGCAUUGACCCUUGUUCUUCAUAACCUCAGUAAUUCACUCUGGCAUGCUGGAUAUCAGCUUGUGGCCCAAGUCCUGACAGAUGACGAUCCAUUCUUGCCUUAUUAGUGUUCGGAGUUGAUCAUAAUUUGUGAGCCACAGGUUCUCUAUUGGUUUAAGAUCCGGGGAGUUGCCUGGCCAUGGAUCCAAAAUUUCAAUGUAAUGAUCUCCGUGCCACUUCAUUAUCACUCUUGCCUUGUGACAUGGUGCUCCAUCAUGCUGGAAAAUGCACGGAUCAUCACCGAAUUGCUCCUGGAUUGUUGGGAGAAGUUGCUCUUGCAGGACGUUUUGAUACCAUUCUUUACUCAUGGCAGUGUUUUUGGGCAUAAUUACGAGAGAGCCCACUCCCUUGGAUGAAAAGCAACCCCACACAUGGAUGGUCUCAGGAAGCUUCACUGCCACGACAGAGGAUUCAUGGUAGCGUUCACCUUUUCUUCUCUGGACUAUCGAUUUUCCAGAUGUCCCAAACAGUCAGAAGGGGGCUUCAUCCGAGAAAAUAUUACUUCUGCUGUCCAAUCCUUGUACUUCCUGCAGAAUUUCAGUCUGUCCUUGAUGUUUUUCUUGGAGAGAAGUGGCUUCUUUGCUGCCCUUCUUGACACCAGGCCAUUGUCCAAAACUCUUGCCAGGGCCAAAAAACAGUGAAAUUUGGUGUUUUUAGGAGUUAAUUUGUUUUUGCCAAUGAAGCUUUUUGCAAUUAUUUAAAAUGCAUCUGAUCUCUCUGCACAAUAAUCUAGAAACAAUGUGAAUCAACACCACAACAACUGAAGCAAAAUACAUUGCGAAACACAAUAUUUAUGUCACUGCCAAUACUUUUGGCCAUGGCUAUACUAUGGGGGUCAAAGUUCACCAGCAUCAUUUUGGUUAGGUGUGAGUGCAGUAUUGUCCUGUUGGAGGGUCUCGGACAGGAUGUUUCACUGUCACAGAGUCAUUUACAUUUAUCCAUUUGGCUCUUAUCCAGAGAAAUAUUCAAGGUCACAUUUGACCAUUGUGUAUGUUCCCUGAGAUCGAACCAACAGCAUUGGCUCCACUAGCGUGAUGCAGUUGUGCAACAAAAACAUAAAAGAAAGUCAUUGAGACAGUCAUUGUUUCAACAGCAGUUCAUGUAGCAGAUAUAAAAGAAUCUUUCAAUAAUCAUGUUUCAAUCCAAGUUAAUAAUACAAUGUAUACAAAUAGAAAAAGAAAAGAAAAAUAUAGCAAAAACAAUAUGCAAAUAAAGCAGUGUUUAUGUCCCAUGUGUUCAAGAGAACAAAAUCAUUACUUCCGGGGCACAAAAUGGAUGUUUAAGCCACUGUGGCUCUUCUGUUCAAUGCAAUCAAUUACUGGCAGGUUAGAGCACACAGACAAAUUGCUCGGAUGAACUUUGUUCACUAGCUUAAUCGAUUAGGGAAGAUGCCUUAUGUCUGGGUUUUGGCUCUGGCAUUUCACAAUAACCAGAAAAAUAUUUGAGAUGAUAUGUGAUGAUAUUGGUCUGCUGGUUAGUUCAGUUACGAGUGAAUUUAUUUUUUAAUGUCUUUACUUUUUUCCUAGCACAUCUAGGAUUUUAUUUGGUAUAUAUGUUUCCAUAGUUGUUAAUGCGGAUGUCUGCUAAUAGAAUAAAUACAAUUAUCCACCUCAAGCAACCAUAUAUGCAUAUUUGGAAGAUUUUAUUUGCACCUUGUUAUUUCCAUCCAGCAUUUUUUUGCAAUAUCCCAAAAUUCAAAUAAAAGCACGUUGAUGUGAGCCCGGCACAUGUGAUCAGGUUCAGCUGUAGUGUGCUCACUUGAUGACUAUCAGGACACUGAGACGGUGUCAUUCAAUCGAUCUGGGAAACCAGUAGAUGAUUUGGCUGGCUAGAGCAUGCUUGUGGUCUUUUACUUUCGGAAAUAUUUGUGUGAUUGAUAAGCUUUGUGUCUUACUGCACAAAUUGCAGUGCUGGUCAGAGAGGCUCAAAUUUUAUCAGAAUGUUUCAUUAUUAUUAAUACUUAACCUAAGCAGAAUUCACCUUCACGAAUUCUUGUGUGGCUAUCGAUAAUUUGAUAAGCUACAUUCAGCAAAUGUAAACACUGAAAAAAACAUUGGAUUUAAAGAUUGUUUUGUGUGAUAUGGACUGAUAUCUAUAGAUACUCCUAACCAGUAAUGUGAUAAACUCAGAACAAUAUAAAUUAUCAUUGUCUAAUGUUACUUUUUAUAAUGAGGUCAGUCAUGACAAAAUGAAUGAACAUAUUGUGUGGGCUGUAAUAAUUUGAGUGAAAAUCCAUGACUUCUCUAUAUUAAUUCUGAAUGACUUGCAGACUAUAAAUGACUACAGUCAUACAAGUCUGCCUAAAAUAUCUCAUACAGUGAGUUGAACCAAAGUUUAGCUCAAAAUGUUGUUCAGCAUUACCUUGAAGCAUUUGACUAGUGUUUAAAACCUGCAAAAAGUGACGUUUUCAUUCGUAUCCAUCACACAGUUUGACAGAAUUAUAUCUUGGUUUUCACCAUUUUUGUUUGUAUGUUUCACUGUGUGUAAAUUAGCUGUUGAAUGAUGUGAUGUUAGACUUGGCUUAUGCAUUGUCACUUCAUACUGUUGAAUAUCAUGAACAAAAUGAGAUGAAACAAUGAACAGAAUGUUUGGUUUUUAUGUCAUUUUUGUACAUCAACAUGUGUUUUACAAUUAGUAUUGAUUAUUUGAAGAUGCAUGCUUUAUUGGUGACUUGAUUAUCAAUAUGUUAUUCAAAUCAAUGGUAACUGUUACACUUUAAUGUGUUUGAAGGACUCCCAAUUUGCUGCUUCAAUAUACAAAAACAUCAGUCCUUAAUGUGCAAUAAACACAACACAUCAUGUCUACUGCCUCAUUAAGCCAUAAGGGAUGUUCUCAUUGAUGCUAAUAUGUGCUUAUAAUAUUACUGUGCCUCUAAAUAUACACAUCAAAACCAUUUCCUACAUUAGAAUGAUGGAUUCUCAUGUAAAGUCCAGAAGAGAGCUAGAUGUUAGAUAGAUGCUCUGGAUAUUGACUCUGAGUUUUGACUACUUAAUUUAACACCCUGACUACAGCCUGAAUUUAAUCAUGAACUCUGAAAA